AUGAGGAUCCUAACGAUCAUCAUCGCUCUUUUCACACUGCCUCUGGCGGUUUACGCUGCCUUUGGGUACACGGAUAAUGGUUCCGAAUAUGUCAUUGACUCCGGAGCAUCUCUAGUCAUCAAAGUCAGCAAGACGAAUGGUGACAUAACCUCCAUUGUCUACAAAGGGGUUGAGUAUCAGGGAUACCAAGGCAAGAACACCCACGUGGAGUCGGGUCUCGGUGCCUCAACCGUGACCAUCCAGCAGUUCUCUUCGCCCGCCUACAUCAUCAAAGUCGCCGUCACCUAUGGCACUCUGAAGCAUUAUCUCUUCGUUCGGUACGGUAACAACAAUGUCUACAUUUUCACCAACAAGGCAGACUCUAGCGUGGCUGCUUCUCGAUACAUUGUUCGCCUGAAGCCCAAUGUCUUCCCUCACUCAUCGACCGAUUCCGACUUCUACGAUGAUGGCAGCACCACAGUCGAGGCAUCCGAUAUCACCAGAAACUCGGCUGGGUAUACCAAGAGCAAGCACUACCAGGGUAGCAAUUACGGACGGGUAAUGGACUUCGAUUACGUGGGCAAAACAACCGGCAGCGUUGGUGUCUGGCUCAUUCGCUCGAACCACGAGAAAGCGUCUGGCGGUCCCUUUUUCCGCUCGCUGGUUCGCGGAUGCACUACCAUCGCCGAGGAUCUCUACGAGAUCUACUUCUACUCCAUGGGCCAUACAGAUCCGGAGCGAUAUGGACUGCAGGGGCCAACGGUUCUUUCAUUCACGGACGGCGGCACACCCAACACGGCUCUCUUCGCUCGGAACGCCGACUGGAGUUGGUUUGAUACUCUCGGACUCGACGGAUGGACUGCCUGGGGAAACCGCGGCUGGGUAUCCGGAGUCGGAGUUGCCAACAUGAAAAGCGGGCACACCUACGUCGUCGGACUAGCCAACACUGCCGCCCAAUACUGGGGUACAGCCGCGUCCUCCGGCGGUGCAUGGUCAAUCAAGAACGUCCUCCCGGGGACCUACACCCUAACGCUCUACAAAGGCGAGCUGGCCGUAGGCACACGCAGCGUCACUGUCAGCACAGGGGCCGGAACAGCCGUCAACACCAUGACCCCGACAGACCCAUCAGACACAACCGCGAUCUGGCGAAUCGGCGACUGGGACGGCACGCCAGCCGGAUUCCUCAACUUCGACAAAUCCCCAAUGCUGCCGACCUACAUGCACCCGUCAGACGUGCGCAUCUCAACCUGGGACCCAGGCAACUUCAUCGUUGGCACAUCAGCAACAAAUUCGUUCCCAGGGUACAUGUGGAAAGACGUGAACAACGGCCAUGUAGUAUACUUCCGACUCUCAGCGGCGCAGUACGCGUCGGCGCAUACGAUCCGGAUCGGAAUCACCGAAGCAUUUAUAGGCGGACGGCCGCAGAUCAGUGUGAAUUCAUGGACGUCUGCGGCGCCGAGUCCGAGCACGCAGGGCUCCACGCGAAGUUUGACUGUUGGCACCUAUCGUGGGAAUAACGUGGUGUUUAGUUAUGAUGUUCCAGCUAGUGCGUGGCUGCAGAGUACGUCGGAGUGGCAGGUGUUGACGAUCAAUGUGAUCAGUGGAAGUAGUGGCACGGGGUAUUUGAGUCCGGGCAUUAGUAUUGACUGUGUUGAUAUGAUUUAG